UGUCGGCGCGGCGGGCGAUGGUGGCCGGCGGGGCGAUGGUGGCCGGCGGGCGGGCGAGGAAGCUGGUGCGGCGGUACCGGCUGGCGGCCGCCACGGCCCUCGCCAUCCUCCUGCUCCAGGGGCUCGUCCUCUGGAGCUCCGCCGGCCUCGACGAGGAGGGGCCGGCCGAGGAGCGGCAGAAAAAAGCUGGGUUUCCCGAGAGCAGCGAUGGCUCCAAGGACUCGGACAGCUCUGCUGGUCGCCGGGGCAGCGCCGGCCGGAAGCACGGGCGGUGGCGGGGCCGGCUGGACAGCCCCGGGGCACUGGUGUCCAAGGUGGUGAGAGCCGUCACUGCCAGACACAGGCCGGGAUGGAGGCUGCCGGCCGCGCCGGACUCCUCCAGCCGCAGGAACCUGACGGAGCUGCGCGGGGAGGCCCAGCUGGCCGUCUUCCAGCAGGGUGACACGGGCAGCGUGGAGGGGGCUCCCCAGCCCACCGAGAACAGCUUCACCCCCAAGUGCGAAAUCACGGGCAAAGAUGCCCUGUCGGCGCUGGCCCGCGCCAGCACCAAGCAGUGCCAACAGGAGAUCGCCAACGUGGUGUGUCUGCACCGGGCCGGCAGCCUCAUGCCCCAGUCCGUGCCUCGCCACUGCCAGCUCUCUGGCAAGGUGAGCCCUGUCAUCCAGUGGGACGAGAGCCGGCUGCAGCAGGUGCCCCCCAGCCAGCCCGUGCGCAUCGCCUACAUGCUGGUCGUGCACGGCAGGGCCAUCCGCCAGCUGAAGCGGCUCAUCAAGGCCGUGUACCACCAGCAGCACUUCUUCUACAUCCACGUCGACAAGCGCUCCAACUACCUCCAUCGCGAGGCCGUGGAGCUGGCCCAGCACUACCCCAACAUCCGUGUGACACCCUGGCGCAUGGUGACCAUCUGGGGAGGUGCCAGCCUGCUGAAAAUGUACCUGCGUAGCAUGAAGGACCUGCUGGAACUGUCUGAGUGGCCCUGGGACUUCUUCAUCAAUCUGAGUGCCACCGACUACCCCACGAGGACCAAUGAGGAGCUGGUGAUGUUCCUGUCCAAAUACCGAGAUAAGAACUUCCUGAAGUCUCAUGGCCGAGACAAUGCCAGGUUUAUCAAGAAGCAGGGCCUGGACCGCUUGUUCCACGAGUGUGACUCCCACAUGUGGCGGCUGGGCGAGCGCCACAUUCCCGAGGGCAUCGUGGUGGACGGGGGCUCCGACUGGUUCUCGCUGACGCGCAGCUUCGUGGAGUACGUGGUCUAUACCGACGACCAGCUCGUGUCCCAGCUGCGCCAGUUCUACACCUACACACUCCUGCCAGCCGAGUCCUUCUUCCACACUGUCCUGGAGAACAGCCAUGCCUGUGAGACGCUGGUCGAUAACAACCUCCGAGUGACCAACUGGAACCGGAAGCUGGGCUGUAAGUGCCAAUAUAAACACAUAGUCGACUGGUGCGGGUGCUCCCCAAAUGACUUCAAACCCCAGGACUUCCUCCGGCUACAGCAACUCUCCAGACCCACCUUCUUCGCCCGCAAGUUCGAGUCAACAGUGAAUCAGGAGGUGCUGGAGAUCUUGGACACACACCUCUACGGCAGCUACCCCCCCAACACACCGGCCCUCAAGGCGUACUGGGAGAACGUCUAUGACCGCAUGGACGGGCUCAGCGGGCUCAGCGAUGUCACCCUCACCUUCUACACAGCCUUCUCCAGGCUGGGGCUCCACAAAGCUGCGUCCACGCCGGCAGUGAAGGCUGACAAGCUCUGCAGAUUUGAACCCCGGGGCUUCCCCUCCAGUGUGCACUUAUAUUUCUAUGACGACCGUUUCCAGGGUUACCUGGUGAUGCAGGAAGUGCAGAAUUUGGCAACUGGGCAGGCAGAGUCCCUGGAGGUGUGGAUGAUGCCCCAAGGAGCUCUGAAGCUGUCAGGUCACGGAGGGCAGGCAAACCGCUUGCAAAACCUUGAGGUGGGCACGGAGUGGGACCCCAAGGAAAGACUGUUCCGCAAUUUUGGAGGCUUGAUGGGGCCUUUUGAUGAGCCGGUGGCCAUGCAGAAGUGGUCACGGGGCCCCAACCUGACAGCCACGGUGGUGUGGAUUGACCCCACCUACGUCAUUGCCGCCUCCUACGACAUCACGGUGGAUGCCGAGGCAGAGUUCACCCAGUACAAGCCCCCCCUCAACCACCCCCUGCGCCCCGGCAUCUGGACCAUCCGCCUCCUCCAGUUCUGGGAGCCUUUGGGGGAGAACCAGUUCCUGGUGGUGCCCCAGACCUUCAACCGCAAACAGCCUCUCAGGAAAGACGACAGCAACUGGCUGCACGGUGGGCCCCCCCGCAACGAGUACAUGGAUCAGAACUUCCAGGGCCUGGGGGGGAUCCUGAACCUGCCGCGCUCCGAGGCGGCGGAGGAGGACGCGGCGCGGAAGGCGCAGCUGACAGGCAAGGCACUGGAGGACUGGGCGGACACUGCCAUCGGCACCUUCUGGGCUGUGGCAGAUGUCUGUGUCAGCAGCCCCUCUGCCUGCACCUCCCUGGAGACCUGCAGCAAAAUGUCCUGGAGCUCUCUCUCCCCGGACCCCAAAUCGGAACUGGGGCCCGUCAAACCCGACGGGCGGCUGAGGUAGCAGGAGCAGCCGGGGGGCGGCCUUGGGAGCGAGGAGCAUCCUCCAUCUCUGGCAUGGGGUGUCUCUGGACCACAUCACCCUGUGCCAUUUACACUGUAGUCACUCGAGGAAGAGAGAAUGGGAA